AUGAAUACCACUCUUUUCAUCGCCGAUUAUGGCGACGUGAGCGACUUUGCAUUUGAGAAUGUCAGCACCCUUUCCCCGGGCGGCUAUGACUCCUUCUUUCCGGGCUAUCAUGUCCUCAUUGCCCUCAAUUUGUGGUACAAGCGUAUCCAGAUCUCCGUCUCGACCGUCGCUGCUGUGUUCUCUUUCGUCGUCCUAGUGGUCAUCGGAAUUGAGAAAUCAUUUCAUAACGUCACCAACUACUUCGUCGCAAACCUCAUGAUGUCCGAUUUCGUAUUUGCAGUUUCCUAUAUGGUCGAGGGGCUGAGCUUUGAUUCGUUUUCCAUGUGCGGUGGCCUGAUCAUGUACCUUCAGCAUAUACCAUCUUACUUCUUGCUAUGUGUGCCGGAUACUUCCAUAGCACUGGUCAACCACAUCUACAUCUACACCAUCAUGUUCCUCAUCCCCGGCAGCAUCCUCAUCUUUUGCUACUCCCGCAUUGCCUGGCGCGUUCUGCGUAGCUCCUUCCGCAAGAAACAUCUCUCCGUUGCUAGGAAACAGGAUGUAUCCGGUGGUCUUCGUGCCGCUCUCCAGACCAAGUUGACGAGGAUGGUGGUGUUGAUCUUGCUGGUGUUCUUUCUCUUUCGUGCUCCCCGCUCCACGUUUGUCCUCUACAAGUACAUGACGGGAUGGGCGUCGGCGAAGUUUGUGAGGGAUCGUAUUGUUCUGUUCACGUUUAUCCUCCUGAACCAGUCCAAUUGCGCCGUUGAUCCAUUUAUUUACGCCUUCUGCGCGCCGCAGUUUAGGGAAUAUCUGUUGAAGAAGCUGUGCUCUGGCUGUCAUCAGCGAAAGCAAGAUGAACCACAGACACUGUCAACCGUAUUGAGCCAAGCCACUUAA